UACGCGCCCUUGGCAUUUACUCUGGUGCAGAGUGUACAGUUUACUUCGGCCCGGGGUGCGGAUAGUUCUGGAAAAUGAGACUCUUUGAGGCGACCGUUACUGUGCUGACACUGAUGACUGCCUGUGUCCACGCUGAUGUCCAGCCCCAGAAAGACUUCGACCUGCAGAGGUUCUCAGGAAAGUGGUACCGUGUGGGUAUUGCCUACGACUCACCGGCCUUUGUGCAAUACAGAAACAAGAUAAGAAUCUCCAUGGGUGUCCUGACGCCAUUGGACAAUGGGAACGCCAACAUGUCCAUGUGGUCCCAGAAGUCAAACGGUUGUCUCAGUGAUGUCUACAUAUAUGAGAAGACAGCUGUGCCUGGCCUGUUUACAUAUUUCAGCGCUCGUCACAACAGGGUGAAGGACAUCACAGUGGUGGAAACAGAUUACACUGAAUAUGCUCUGGUCCUGAAACACAAGAAGAUGAAUAGAGAGUUCACGCAAGUAGCCCUCUAUGGUCGUUCACAGACCGUAAAGCCAACAAUAUUGGAAAAGUUCAGAGAGUUUGCCUUGAAUCAUGGAUUUCCAAAAGAGUCCAUUUUGACCCCUCAACUUCUUGAUUGCUGUCCUUCUGGACAAUAGCUACUGGAUCUACUUUGCAGCAGAACACGACAGAACUUCACUUGCUUUACUGGCUCCCAGACCAUAGCUACUCGAUCCUAAAUAAUGCAACCAAGUCAAAGCAUCUGGACUUUCUUUAUUGCACUGGGACCCAGAGCCCAAACGUGGCUAUUCCUGCUUCACACACAGACUUCAGGGUUGUUGGUGUUACAUGGCAAAUCGUAUCUCAGUUUGAACCUCAUAAAUAUGGAUAAUAAUUAUAUUCUAUGUAUAACUGUCUGGCUGAAUAAAAUAUAGAUAUUCUUUA